GGUGUGUUCUGCCUUGGAAGCAGCAUGAAGCGGUCAACCGUUGUCGUCGUUGUAACGCGUAGUGAAAGCAAGAAGUUGUGGUGAAGUGAGAUACUGUGUGGCGCGCCUAACCGGAGGACAAGUGCUAAAAUCUGUCACUCAGGAUUUUUGUCGUGAGGAUUGAGUGUCGUUUGCAAAAUAGUCGGGGUGUGCGUGGGGUGUGACCAUGCUGCAGCCCAGAAGGGCGGGUCUACCCCUGGGCUCUGCGACAUUCGUCCUGCUCGGAGUACUCAUAUUCUCCGCAACAUGUCGUCUAGCCGACUCUCAACAGUAUUUACAAGGAUCACAAUUUUUGCUCAAUGAAGAUGACACCAGUGCUGAAAGGAUAAAAAGGGAUACUAAUGGAGACGUGACAGUGCUGCUGCUGGAUGACUCGAGGCACAACAAGGAGACGCCGGCACUCGGCCUGCUCACCACGACGGCGCGAACUUUUGUGCAAGAGGGCACCACAACAGAGUUCGCCACCCAGGUGGUGGGCACCACCCUAGGCACGGCCUACGCCAAGCUGCUCAGCACGGGCUCCCGGGUGUUCUAUGACAGUGCCGUCAGAGCCACGCGUCCCUCCGACGCCUACCUCGUGUUCGCAUCCGCCCUGCCCAAUCCCCCCACCCAACGCACCUACCUGCGACCCUACAGCUCCUACUACAACCCCACUGACGAGACGCCUCCCCCCGUACCGGAGAUCUCCUCCAACAACGCCGACUCCGAAAAGGCUGACGACAUUUUCGAACGCGCCGACUCGAAAACUAACAGCGUUAACUUUCCCCCUGACGAGAUCAACAACGUUGUCUCAGUACGCAAAGAGUUCUCUGUGAAACGUAACAGCGAAUCUGUUGUUCGACCGGCCAAAGUACUCAAACCCAAAAACGAUCUUCCCACCUUCACUGUUCGACAAGAGUUUGCCCCAAGUGGCUUCUCACUAGAAGUCGAAGAAGGUAGAAAGAAGGAUGAACUAUCAAAACUUGGAAAAGUGAGCCGUAGUGGUAAAAACCUUUUCAGAACUGGUUCAUCUGUUAGUAUCAAACAAGAGAAAAAACUGGAAACUGUAACCUAUUUUGGUUUCGCCGACUUCACAACAACUGUAGGGAACACUGUGAUUGUUUUCAUGCCGAAAACCCCAGACGUUAACAACCCAGCUUCAAUCACGUCAAUCAAAGGAGACGCCACACUAAGACCACAAGAUAACACAGUUUUAUCAACAGCAAAAACAUUUUUUCCACAAUCUCCAGUAGUGGCAACUAAACCUGUAGCUGGUCAUGACAUGCAAACACCUCUCCCUACAUUAGUGGUUGAUCCAAAUAUUCGCCAGAGCAAAGCUCAUGAGCCAGUGUAUGUUCCACAGGAAACAACUGAGCAAGAACCAAUCACAGAGGAGAACAGAUUUGAAACACCUAUUGAGGCUUCAACUGAUAUGAACACAGCCAUUCAGUCCAGCAUGCCUGAUGAUGUGAGACCAACAGAAGCAUUAUCAACUGAGCCACUCCCGACUUUAUUCUCAACUGCUACUACCCAAAUUUAUAAUCCACAAGAGGAAGCACUAGGUCUUGUAAAGUCUAUAGGAGGCACAGAAGCUUUGAACAGUACCACAAAAAUCUUCACGUCAUUUGUCUAUGGUACUUACAUAGAUGGAAAGUAUGCUCAAUUGAUUCAGUCAGCAUCCAGUCUCCUAAUACAUGAAGGUGACACAAUUAUCACACAGACGGGUGUUGGUAUUUUCACUAUCACACCAACAAAAGUUCAAGAUUCGAUGGUAGUAACCUCUCAAAACUAUGAUACAACUGAGAGUGGAUCAUUAACAACAGAACAGAAUCCUACAACCAAUAAUCCUGACGUGGCAACAACUGAGAAUGGCAUAACAACUCUGCAAGAUUUGCUGGAAACUACAACAUCUCAACAAUCUGAUGAGAACGAAAUAGGAAAUGAAAUUGAACAAGGAAGAAGAUUCAACUUUGGUGGUAAUGCUAACAGAAUAAGAGGUGAAGUUAAGAAAGAGUCUGUACAAGAACCAUCUAGUACCAAUUAUAUCACACAGUUGAUUCCAACCACAGUUUAUAAGACAUUCACAUACUUGACAACUUUCUUCAUUCCAGAUGACAAUAACUCUGUUUCAACUUCUAUCAAAUCUCGUGAAGUGACUUCUGAAGAAGUUUCCUACUCAACAAGGGUUGUCGAUAUUGCAAUGACUGCUGAUCCAUUCCCCAAUCAAGAUAUAACAAUUGCACCAACUGAAUCGAUUACUGAGCCAUCACUGCAGACUGUAACUACAAAUAGUCCAACAACUCAAGAAACCACAACUGAGCCUGAUAUGACGACACCUGAGCCAAAUAGAGACACAACCACUGAACAAAAUCAAUCCUCUCCAACCACACCUCAAACUGAGGAGGAAACAACAACACAACCAACUACACCAACUCCAACAACAAAGCCUCAAACUGAGGAAGAAAUUGAACUGUUGUUCAAGACAUUGUACACAACCUACACCUAUCUGACUACAUUCUUUGACGAAUCCACUUCAAGUGUGGCCAGUAGUGAGGUGGUAGUAACCAAUGUGAUAACCACAACUCUCGACCAAGACAUUCUAGAAGCUUCUGAUCCAGCUGUUGCUGGUUUGUUUGCAAGGGAAGACAGUCUAGUUACAUCUUUCCCUUCAGCUACUGAACUAGGAAUCAACCCAACCAGCGUUGGCAUAGGUAGACCUACAACAAAAUAUUAUUCAGAUUCAAACAUAGAGAACGAUCUCUUCACAGCAACAUUGGAUUCCAUUGAUGUCAACAAAGAGCUUGGACAAACUCCUCAUCUCAAAGAUAUUGAAUCAUUGAGUGCAAAUGAUGGUGAACCCAAAACGUUCUAUACUACCUACACUUACUUCACCACUGUUUUUGUAGACGGUGAGACUGAAAUAACAACAAGAACUGAAGUCUAUACAAAUAUUAUUGCUCCCACAUCCCUGGCAAUCAGUUCAACUCAGCUUGAACAACAAAACACAGAUAUUGUUGGUGGCAAGCAAGAAGAACCUGAAAAUUCUAAGAGGUUUAUCAAGGAUAAAGUAUCAUUGAAAACAACUCCAGCACAUUACAACACAUAUGCAAGUAUUUCAAGGCCAAAAGCUAGCAUCAAUGAUGCAGUCUCAGAGGCUUUGACCAGCAUUGAAAGUGAUGCAGUAACUCGAGUUUCUAAUGACAACAGUCACAAAUACAAGACUAUGUCCAGAAAUCAUGCUUCUUCUUCUCAGGAGACUGAUGAGUUGACAACAGGCGAGUCAAGAAUCAAGAUUGAUGGGAGUGAUGGAGAGGCAAAAGUAGCGAUAGGAGCCACACCAACAAUCCCAGAUGAAGGUGAAGUGAUUGAGACAAUGGUAACAGAUAUCACCAGCAGCAGUUCUGGAGGUAACAGGAAGUCUUUUGAUGAGAGUGAGAGUGACCCUGAUGACCAGAUCAGCUCAGAAAGUAACACUGAAGAGAUUGAACCUUCUUUCUCAUCAAAAUUGCUGCUGCAAACCAGCUAUACUACAUUCACUUACUUCACAACUGUAUACAAAGGCACAUCUAGUGAUAUCAUAAGCCGGUUAGAGACAGUCACGAAUGUAGUGACUGAAACUGUCAAGCCAACUGACAUUGAAUCUAGUCUUAGCCCAGAAGAAGCUACUCUCCCCAUAACAUACUUCACAACAUUCACUUACUGGACCACUCUUUACAGAGAUGGCAGCACAAUGGUGACUAGCAGAGAGGAAACAGUCUCCAAUGUGGUCACUCCCUCACCAACUUUGGAUUCCACUGCUAUUGAACCAACUGAAAUAUCUUCAACUUUAGAUCCAAUGCUGGAAAGUUCUGGAAAAGCUGCAGAUCCUCUGGAACCAACUACAUUCUUCACAACAUUCACGUACUUCACAACAUCUUACAUUGGAAACAGUACAAUUGUCAAUAGUAGACUUGAAACCGUUACAAACGUUGUAACUCCUACACCGACACCUGAAGUGAGAGUCCUACCAACUGCUCUAUCAACGGAACAUAUUCCUUCCACUGAGAAAGAUGAGUCUCAUAAGGAUAGUAGUAAGCCAACAGGUCUUAUCUCAACUAUCAGGACUAGUGAAGUCAAUGAUGGCACCACAACACAGUUCUCAACUGAUGUAUAUGGAACAUAUAUUGAUGGUUUGUAUGCACAGGUACUUGAGAGCUCCACAAACAUUGUCACGGCAACAGAGUCUACACCUGUAAAAGAUGUACAGCCAACUGGAGUUGUUUCAUUGAAUGAAGGUAAGAUUAUCGAUGCAGAUGGUAUUUCAACAACAUUUUUUACAACCAAAGCAAUUGGAACAUUCAUUGAUAAAUUAUAUGCACAAGUACUUGAAAGCACAACAUCUGUCAGAGUAGAUGAAGAGAAGAAGACAGCUAGUCCUGCAUUGAAUCCAUCAACAGCAGUUAUUGGCACAAAAACAUUCAGAACUGGUCUUGUCAGGCUCAUUGAAGGUUCAAUAGUAAAGGACAAAGUUACCACUUUCUAUGAAUCGAAGGUGAUAGGCACUUUGAUUGAUGGCAGAUAUGCUCAGAUUAUUGAAAGCACAUCAAGCUUUAAAGUUGACAUGCCAUCAACAGUUUCACCGAAUAUUGUUCCUACAGCUGUUGUGCCACAAGGAUCAUCAUCCUCAGCAACAGCAACUGUAACAACAUCACCAUCUCCUGCAGUUAUUGAGAGUUCAUUGACUGAUGAGCAGAGUGAGGAGAAUGAAGGUGAAGAGGGAGAAGAAGAAGAGGAUGAAGAUGAUGGAGGUAAGAGAAAGACAUCAAGAUUGACAUUCCAAUCUAGGAAGAAGACAUUUACACCAAACAUCAGACCUUUUGCUUCUAGACCAAGGCCUACAUUUUUACCAAAGAAGAAAACUGGUGAUGUUGGAAGUGCCACUACUAUAACUAGGAACUCUUUGACCCCUACAAUAACAGCAACACCUGCUGCAAAGACAUCAACUGGAGCAACAAGGAAUAGAUUUGCAAGUAGCAGAAGACAGAAUGCUCCUUCCAGUGUUGAAGUGAAACCAUCUUCUAGCUCAAGAAGGUUCUCAAGACCAAGAGGAAGCAGCACUCCUGGUGGUGCUCCUUCUUCUUACACUCCAACAGCAGGAACUAGAGGAAGAUCUUCAACUGGACGAAUUUCUCCAACAUCUUCUUUCAGUGGAUCAAGAAGAGGCAGCUCAAGUUUCAGAAGUUCAAGUGUGAGAGGAAGCUCAUCUGGAUUCCCUUCGAGAAGCUCCAGCAUUCAAAACUCAAGAUUCAGACCAGUGCGACCUACUGCAUCAAAUCCUUUCGGCAGGACUUCUUCUGUUGCUCAAACAACACCCAGUACUGAAGAUGCUGAGAAUACUAAUGAUAUAAUUGGUAUCACAUCUGUGACUGAUGAAACAAUCUCAGAAGAAGAGAAUGAGACUUCACCUCCAACAACUACAACUGAGUCAUCAAGGAGAGGAAAUAAUCCUCUAUUGAGAUUCAGGAGGCCACCAAUUCUAAAUAGAUCACAGCAAUCAACAACAACCACCACUCCUAAACCUUCCACUUCUCCUUCAAGACGUAACAACCUUCUGAGGCGACCAGAUAACAGAGCUCCAACUACUGCUACUCCUCCAAAAACAAAGAAUACUCCAAGUGUCAGUACUAGACCACGACCUCGCCCAACAGGUAAUCUUUUCCCUCCUAGAGGAUUGAUUAAGAAACCAGAGGAGCAAGAAGAGGAACAGGAGAAGAAAGAAGAGGGUGAGCAAGCGGGUGAUGGAAAUGAGGAGGACAUUCUACAAGGAGAUGGUGAUGGAGAAGAAAUAGGAGACAAUGAGUAUGAUGGAUCAGAGAACUCUGAGGCAAAACAGUCAUCUUCAGUAGCAUCGACUCUUGCUCCAGGCCAAAGAUUGGACAGAAGAGGAAAAACAGUUCCUCCCCCGGUUCAAAUAAGACCUUUCACAAGGCGACCAAGAACAAAACGUCAAGCUUCUGAGUAUGGCACCAGAAACUUCAGAUCAAGAUACCAAAGACCACAACAGAGACCACAGCCAUCUCAAGACUAUAUUGAUGAGGUUGAACCUGUUUCUGAAGCACCCAGAGCUACAUCACCCAGGUAUCAAUCACGCAACAGGCAGGCUCAGCCCAAGCCACGUCCCACAUCAGCAUCUGCCACUGCUUCACGCUCCCAAUUUACACUCAGAGACAAGUCAUCCAACUCUGCUAUGUCAAGAUCAAGCUUCAGGCGGCCAUCAAACAGGCGAAAACCUGCAACGGUUGAAACUACAACAGCUGGGCAUCAGAGGCCAAAGGCACCAAGGCUGAGAACCCAUUCAACCAGCUCUCAGCAGCCUGAGACAAUGUAUUCAAGAACUAGUGGAAGGAGAUAUUCAACUAGUCGUGGUAGAGGCUCCACCAGAUCACGUUAUAGGGACAGUAAUGACUUUGAUGCUUACACAUACUCACAGACAUUUGAUGGCACUAUCACUGUCACACAUAAAGUACCAACAGAGGUCACAAUCCCGAUAAUCAAUGGCAAAGUAACAGAGUACAAGAAUGUCAUUACAGCAAAACCAAGUCUGGAGAUUCUUGGUCCACAUCAAUACAGUACAAUAAUAGGCAAGGAUGGAAAUCCAGUCAUACAGCUAGCCAGUGAAAUCACAGAGACAUUGGCUAAUGGUGGAAUGGAAAUCACAAAGUUCCUAAUCAUGGAAACUCCAACCACCAGUAUCACAUUCACUCCCACUACUCUGAGAGGAAGAAAGACAUCCUUCUCACAUAUAGUGCCAAGUACAGUGUAUGAAGUGAGACAAGAGGUCAGCACCAUCCAACCUCAACUUGCUAAUGCACCACUUGCCAAUCUUCUACUUUCACAACUCUUACUGGGUAACAUCGGUCUUCAACAGACAAUCAAUCCUCUUCUGGGACUUCAGAAUCAGGCCCAGCAGCCUCAAACUCCACCUACACCAGUCACAGAGUUCAAAACAAAAACUACAACUUAUGUUACCACUGUUACUGACCACACAUCCACCAUCCUCCCUCUCACAUUCAGAGGAAAAGAGAUCUUGACAACUAUUGUUGACAGCUCCACUCAAGUUAUCACAGCCACUGAGUACUUGACAGAAACUGUGAUUGUAACACCAACCCCAGCACUGGCCAAUCAACAGCAGUUGAAUUCACUACUUCUCCCUGCACUUUUACAAGCUCAGCUUCUUCAGCCUCAACAGCCAACAGUCAAUCCUCUCCUUGCCCCUCUGCAGCAACAAGGAUUACUACUACAGGAUCCUUUGACUGCAAUUGCUGAAGAGAAAAUAGUCCUGGAUGAACAACCAAUUCAGAGAUUUGCGCCCAGAGCAAGACCAGAAGAUGAUGAAAUUGUUGCUAGUGAAGAAGAGAUAAUUAACGAAGAAGAGCCUAAACCAGAUGUCAAGCCAGCUAGGAAGAAGACAAAGAUAAAACAUAUCAAUAAAAAACCUCCAGAUCUAGAACCUGAGAAGCCACUGGAAACAAGUGUUGUAACUCUUUAUGUGUCUGGAAGGAGGCCUGGAGAGUUCAGCACUGUACUAUCAACUGUCACUCAGGAACAGGCAUCUACUGCAACUGUUCGUAAGAGGGCAGCAGAAUUCAUAGAAAGAGAGGCUGAUGUUUAUGUAUUGAAAGCAUCAAAACUUCCCGAUAUCGGUGGAUCUUUCCCAACUUCAGAUGAAGAUGAUAUAAAUUAUUAUCUGAUGUCAGCACUAAAUGAGAUCCCAUUGGAAAGUAGUGGAAUAGAAACACAGAGUCUUGAAAGUGUGGUAGGAGAUGUGAGUAAGUACAUUUCGAUAAAUACUCCACUUUCUCUUGUCAAUGUUGAAAAAACAUCAGUUCUCAAUGAAGAAGGCAGCAGUCCUUCUAAGGAAGUUUCUCAAGAGUUUUCUUCGCCUUCAGCUGCAAAAAACGACACUACCGGUCAUUUUUUAUUGAAAGGCCCCGCUGAGUUUGCUCCAAACCAGCGGGAGGGCUUGUCACCUUGGAGCAAGACAAAACAAAACAUGAGACUGAAACACAAAAAUUAUGAAGAGAAACUAAUCAGAGAGGAGAGAAUAAGUAGGAAAAUUCGAACCAGAAGAGAUGUGGGGGAUGACCUAGUAGCAUCGAUUCCAUCAGAACAGAGAAAACGGAAAAUAAGGGUUAAAGUGCCUGUGAGGAGAAGAAAAACACAGGAUGAUGAAGGUUUCAUCCAAGAAAAUCCAGAUAAUUAUAGAUAUCAACAAACAGAAACUCCUCCACAUAUCCAACCGGAGAAUCCAUCAGACUUUGGAACAAGGAAAAUCAAAAUUAUCAGAGCAAGAAAGAAGAAAAUUCAACCUGAGCUCAGACCAACAGAAGAUUAUGAUCAUUAUGAAGCGCUUCCAUUUGAGCCAACAGUCACUGAGAUCCCAGUUCAAGUGGUCACUGAGAUUCCUCGAAAACGCAUCAAAGUGACAAGGAGGCGGCCACUGCAACACUCAACCAAUCUUCCCCAACAAACCAACACACCUUACUCAGAUAAUACUCAAACAUAUUCUAGUCAAACUUACUUAUCAGAUUCAAACAGCGAGUUGCCAUCACAAGACUAUCCUUCGGAGCCGGAGCCUACGUUUCCACCUUCUGAGCCUAAGAAAAAAAGGAUACUUGUAACGAGGAGAAGACCAGUUCAAAAUGCCAUUUCCACUUCUGAAACAACAAGAAGGAAAGUAACCGUAACAAGAAAGAGGCCACUUCAUCAGAAAACAAUUUUCCCAGAUGACAUUGAGGCGACUAGUGCUAUCAGUGAUUAUGAAACAACAAAUUAUUAUAAUGAGGAAUCAAUCCAUCCAAGCUAUCCAUCUAGUCAAGUAAUUCAAUCUACUCCUGUUGAAGAAACAUUUGAAACAAGACUACAUUCUAACGAUAACACUCAUUAUUCAAAUGCCGGAGAAGAGAAGGAACAAGCAGAAGAAGAAGAUGAAGAGCAAGAGGCCGGAGAUUAUGAGAGUAAUAAUGAUAACUACAGUUCAAGCAAAACACUUUCUGAAAUUCUAUCUUCUCUCAACACAACAGUAAUAGGUGAAGAAAACUAUGAACCAAUAACAACAGUCGAUGGCUUAACAUUCCUAGACAAGAAGAUUAUCAGCUUAUUGAAUUUAGGUUCGAGUAUAGGCUCUUACGAUAAUGUAAAUGAGAAUGAAAGUGGAUCUCCAGCUACUGAAGCAAUACCUGAAACUGGGAGCGAAACUCCUCUAAAUUUUGAAACUUCGUCAGUGAAUACUGAGCCCGCAAAUGAGGAUGAUAAUAUAGAAUACUAUCCGGAGAAUGAGGAAGAUAUGGCCGACGGUGAAGAACCAAUGAGAGCGUCCCAAUCUGAAAAAGAUCAAUCGAAAAUUCGUGAAAAUGAUGAGGUACAACCAGCAGUUACAACAGUGGAUGACGGAUAUUCGUUAGAGACAACUAAAACAAAAUCAGGAUAUAGAGAUAAAUUGAAAACUACAGAAGAAACCGAAUAUGAUACACAAGAUCAGACCCAACUUUUUGAGCAGAACCCAGAGACAAUAGAAAGUACACCAGCACUUGACGAUACAGUAGUGACUAGCGGAUUUAAGACAAUAUUCUUCGAUGAUGACUCAGCUUUUAGUGAGACUUUACCUACAGAAUCAACAUCUGACAGUAGUGUGGUUCCCGCUACUACAAUUACGACUAGUUCUGAAACUACUGACAAAACAGAAAUAGAGCCUUCCAUGACGACUGUCGAACAAUCUAGUACACUGGAAUUUAAAACGACUGAAGUUUAUUCGACUGAGGUAAUAACUACCACAAGACUAAGGACUUACACUUUUGUCGUAACACGAGUCAAUGGGGAAGAAACGAUUGUAACAUCAUCCACAUCUGUAAAACCAGGACUGAAAACUGUAACUGUCACUCAUACCCUUCAACAACUCAUUCUGAACACUGCUGUGGCCGACCAGCCAUCAAAGACUGAGCAAGAAGAGGAAGUAGACGAAGGAAGAGGCAUGCGCGUGGAAGAGGCACGCUACAAUCUGGCCACCAAGAAGAUGAGCAAUGGAGUGGAAGUGAUUGUGGCAGGCGACAGGCAUGCCACUCACACUCACGCCGCAGGGCCCAACUACUUCCGUAUCGCACCCUCCAACUCCAAGCCAGUCACUCUGGCGCCCAGCACGCUUAGCGAUCACAUGAUGAUGCACAUGCCACACGCAUCUCAGCACAUGCAGUACGAUUUUGUAACGAAAACGUAUCUGACAACAUUCACGUACCUGACAACAUUUCUGCAAGACGGAACGACGGCCGUUUCCAGCACGGAAAAAGUAAUCUCGAAUGUGGCCACAGUCGAACUCAACAAAGCCACCAUUUCACCAACCAGAACAUCGCAGGUGACUUUGACGGAGAGCCCCAGCCUUGGAACAGGCAUAUUCCACACGACCUACACCUACCUCAACACCCUGGUUGAUGGCGAGGUUCCCCUCGUUGUCACCUCAAAGAAGACGGUGGCUAAUACAGUCACAGCUCCCAUCAACUAUAACACUGUCCUGCAGCCGUCUGAAGUACCAAUUCAUGAUACCAAUACUUAUCUCAACACAGUUGCUUUCACAAAAACGUUGAAUGACGGAAAUGAUUUCAAAGUAAUCAGCACUGAAGACAUCAUGACACAGGUGGUGAUUACUGAAUCCGACAAUCCUUCAUUGACAGUGAAUCUGAAGCCAACUGUAUCACUGACAACAGAUGUGGUCAAGACAUAUUUCGUGACCUACACUUAUUUCAGUACUAUGUUAGAUGGAGAUGAGACAGUAGUGCAUUCAAAUAUUGCAACCUCUGCAGAUAUUGUCACUGAGAAGUUUCUCAUUCCACCCAAGAGAACAACAGCACCCGCUUCGAUUGAGAGCAGCACAACAAAAACACAGGUGAAAUCAGAAGAGAUAAAAGCCACCGACUCAGUGCCGGCAACUAGUACUGAAGCUGAUCUCCCCAUCAAUAUCCUUGCUACCAAAACAUAUCUCACCACAUUCACGUAUUUCACAACAUUGCUACAAGACAAUGGCGGUAAGACACCUUCUACCAUUGUAAGUUCAAGAUCUAGAGUGGUGCAGAACAUAGUAACAGAGACUGUUGAUACAUCUCUAUUCGAUGCUGACUAUCUGGAAUCCCUCAAGAAUUCACUACAUAGUGAUCAUACACCUAUUGUUGCUACAGCAACUUUGAAUGAUGGGCAAAAAAUGGAAAUCACAGCAGUUGAAGAUGGUCUUAUAAAACCUACUUCCACUGUUAUCACCUCUGAGCUCACACCGACUGAAACUCCAACAAUUCAAAGCAGUAGUAGUAGUGAUAAUAAUGUGAUAAAAGGAUCGACUAUCAUAUUUUUUGAUGAGAAUGAUCAAAUUGAUGAAAAUAUUUCACCUACGAAGAGUGUGACGAUAGAAUCAGCAGCCAGCAAUACAAAAGCACCAAAUGAUGCAUUUAUCGAUCAGCAUGACAGUGAAGCUGAAACUCAGUUUCCUGAUUUGGUAAAUGCAGAAUCGUUAGCUCUACCAUUAACUACUUUACCGAAUGGAGAAGUUCCUCUCUAUGUAACAUCAAUUUUGAAAUCUUCGACUGUUACAAAAAAUGGGGCUACAUUAACACCAGGAAUGCAAGUUAUCAAGUUGACUGAUUCCAAAGGCAAUGUGACAGUGAUUCCAGUUUCUGAUCCAGUCAAGAAGCAUCCACAAGGCACUUCAGAUCUGGGACUUGCCGAUGCAGCUGUGGUUGGUGAUUUAUUGAAUUUUGGUAGUCUUGGAAUGAAUGGCCUCAAUGCCCUUGGACCAAUGAUUAAUGCUAUGGCAGGGUUGAUCACUAGUAACAUGAAUGACAACCACAAGAAUACUAGAAAUGAGACAAUAAUUCUAUCUAAACUACCACCUAGACCUGCUCAUUUUAGUGAGAAUCCUCUGUUGACCUACGCUGGGCCUAAACCUCCACCUCCACCAUCCGCUCAGCCUUUACAAGCUCCUGGAGGACCAAUCUACAUUCCUCUAGGAAAUUUAGCGUCUGAUUCGGUAGCUGAGGAAAGUCAAAAUAUAGAAGGACACAAUAUAUUUCCCGAUGUUGAUCAAAGAAACAAAUUGCAAGUUGUUCUAGGUAGACCUACAAUGGAGAGCCCACUCCUAGCUGGAGGUAUACCUAUCAGCCCUGGGCAAGUGAUAACAACAAACAGUGAUGUUAUCAUUGGAAAACCAGCUGUUCACGGUCCAAGACCACCUGAACUGAAAUCGAAGCCAAUCAAGAAGGAUGACACACCCAUUGGAAUGAAGCCGCCACCACCACCAAAGCCGCAAAAGCCAAAGUGGCCUAAUCUUGAUAAUAAUGCUUAUUAUUCGAAUCAAGGACACAUUCCAGGACCUGUGAGACUCCCACCACCAAAUGAUCACUUGCCGAAUGGUCAUAGCCACCGUGAUCCAGCGCCUGUGAGAGAGCAGCAGCCUGCACUAGACCCUUCUCCAUCACCAACCUCAAUUGUACAUCACAUUCCAAUUGGUCAACAUGAGCAUAACCAUAACAAUCAUGCAGGAGACAACAAUAUCUACAAUCAUAUCAAUGAGCAUCACAGGCCCCACGAUUUGCACAACCAGAAUUUUGGACCUCACAACCACUUUGAUCAAUUAAGUCAAAUAUCCAUAGCAAUAAUGAUCAUCAACAUCACAAUAAACAUAUUAAUAAUGAUCAUCAGCAUCAUAAUAUCCACAGUAAUAAUGAUCAUCAGCAUCAUAAUAUCCACAGUAAUAAUGAACAACAGCAUCAUAAUCCACAGCAAUAAUGAUCAUCAGCAUCAUAAUAUUCACCAUCAUCAGAAUCAGAACAUUCACAACAACCAUCAGCAUACUGUUCAGGUGCAAAGUAAUCAGGAGUUUGAAAACCAACAUCAUAAUUUGAACAAUAUUUUGCCAAAUUAUAGGCCAAACUCAGAGCACCACAAUAUUCCCAUCAAUGAACAGAGCUUGGCUCCGCAUCUCAGACCACCAGCUUUGGCAGAUUCAGAGCAGUUCAAUUAUCAAGUACAUAUACCACAACAACAUCAAUCUCCCAAACAUAAUUCUCCUCCCUCAAUACCUGAUUUCAGACCAACAACUGUUCUCAGCAAUAUUCAGACUCUGCAGCUUGGAACACCAGGAACAAGUGGUAGUAACAGGUAUGAGAAACCAACACUGCAUGACCAAAUUCUAUUGCCAGAGAACCACAUAGUUGAGCACUCUACUGUGAAUCCUCUGCUUGUGAAUAUACAGCCAUCUCAGGUUGCCAAUGUCAUCAUCCCACAUGGUGGCUCGACAGCAUUGAUCUACAGUGGUGAGCCUGAGAAGCACAGUCAGAAGGGAGAAAUAUUCAAUGAUCCCUCACCUUAUCCAGAUAAAGAGGGCUUAGUGGGAAUUGACAGUUUCAGUACACUGAGUCCAUCCAACCAAGCAGAAGGCCCAGCCAAUUCGGCAAGGCUCCCUUCAAAUGCUAUCAGAAUGGAUGUACCUGUAUCACCAUUUGGAAUGAAUGUGGCAGGCAAUCAACGCCCCAGGCCCCAAAAACGUCCAGACAUUCCAAACAUAUUCCCCAACCGGAGACCGCAUCCAAAUUCUGGAUUAAUUGUGAACCCACAUAAACCUCACAGGCCACAUCAAUCUGAGGCCUACCCGGUCUAUGAGCCAACUGGACUUGAAUAUAUGACACCACCUCCUCCACCAAAUCCAUCGGUAUUCAACAACAAUUACAAUCAGAAUCAUGGCGAACAUCACCAUAUUCAUUCCAAUCGGCCACAAAUUGAUGAAGACUUUGUUUAUGGAGGAAAUGAUUCUGAAGAGACUGAAGGUGGUGAGAUCAUUCAAGAGUCGAAUUCAAGACCAUUGAGACCAGGCCAGGUUCAUGCAGAGAUUGCUAACACACCAUCAACUAGCAUGCCUAUUGAUUCAGUUGAUGAUGACAACAAUAACAGAGAUCAGGUCAUAAGUAAUCACCAACACAACUUCAAUAAAAUAUACUCCACUCUACCCACAAGGGACACAUUUGAGAAUCAAAAUAUUCCAUCUGAUUUUAUAGCAGAUAACAUUCCUGAACCUACAUCUUCUUCAGAUGAAGGAAUAAAAAUAUCAGUUGUCAACUCCAAGCCUAUGCAAUUGGAGAAUGUGCCCAUAAAUGAAGAGAAUAAUCAGCCUCCUAUCAUCAAGGGACGUCCAGGUAUAAACCACUUUAAUGAUGGAGGUGGUAUCAAUAGCUUUGGAGAUAGUUCACAGGCAACUGUGGCUAUUGGAAAGCCAACCAGUCUCUUGCCACAGGAAGGAGGCAUUGGAGUUCAUACAAGCAUUUUGACUGUGGAGGAAACAAAAGAGCCUUCUAAUAAUGCUGUUAUACCAACUCACCCAACAAAUAACCAGCAAGACUUCAUUGAAAGCUUAUUCAGCAACCACAAAAAAGAUCCGGAGAAUUUCGAUAGUCAGAAGGUUAAUUCUGGAAAGCCAGUGACAAAUUACAUACCAACUAUUCCUGCCCCAUUUGAUGAUACUCUACCUACUAUGAACAUGGAUGAGAAGCCUCCUCCACUGACAUUCAAUGGACACAAUAACCAACAAAACUACAACACCCUACCAAAUGUAAAUCCAACUUAUGAUUUGGAAACUCAGUCCAACACACCACGACCAUUUGGAGCACCCAAGCCAGAUCCUACACCAUUCGACAGGAACUCUGCCUCUCAAGAUGAAUCAGUGAUGGGCUUGUCACCUCCUCCACCCGUGUCUACUCAAUUCACUAAACAGGAAGAGACAUCUAGGAGACCGAUUUUGAACCUUGGUGUGCCACAACGUCGACCACAUCCAACUAGACUGAAACCAAGACCAUCACCUUCCUCUCCACCGUAUAAAUUUGAAAUUCCUCGACCUAUACAACCAAAACGCCCAGAAUCUAAUCCUCCGAAACCAACCAAAGCAACAGAUUCUUCAAUACUUAGCCCUCCUCCCCAACAACCACCUACUCCCACAGAUGUUCUAUCACCACCAAAACCAGAUAAGAAUUAUUACAACAACAAUUCUCCAAGUCAUCAACAACCAAGUGACAAAGUGAACAAUUUCUGGUACACAUCAACAACACAACAACCAUUGAAUUCAUCAUAUGACAGUAUCAAUCCUAUUCUAGCUGGAAUUCUGACAGUUGAAGAGAAUUCUCAGCGACCAGAAGUGAUAACUGCAGAUACGAAAGUGGUAAUGAAUAAUGCAAUCAAGGGUCAUCACCACAAUAAGCCGAGCAAUGGGGUGAAAGUUGGAGAUAAACCUGCUUUCCAAACAGUUGUGAUUGGAAAACCAGUGGAUAAUACCCCUUCUGAAAAUGUGGUCAUAGCACCAACUAAUGUUCAACAGCCAGAUCUGAUAACAGAAUGGGAAGAAGGAAGUCUGGAGGGCUCAGAGUAUGUGGCAGAAGAUCGUCCAAACAAAGUGACACCAAUCUAUCAAAAAUCAAGUGAGGCUUCAGUUGUUAUAAACACAGGAGCAACAACUAUUUUUGGAAACUUAUUCACUAAACCAAGCUUCACAACCAAAGUUAUCAAACCAACCAAGGUUACUCACAGUAUAAUCAGCAUGGUGAUUGAGCCAGAUUAUAUUGAUGGAAUGGAUAAUGUAGACCUACAGCCUAAAGAUAGAAACAGGAUUAAAAAUCAAGACCGACAACCUGGUUCAGAGCGAGAGAAUACAAUGUAUAACCCUGUGAUUAUAACUGCACCAAAGCCAACCACACAUGUGAUCACACAUACUCAAACCCUUACUGUCACAACCACUGAGACAACAGUUGUUCACAGCCAGGGAAGGAAGCCUUCAACUCACACCCUUGUACUGACAAAGACACAGACGUCAACUGUGUUGGAUACAGUGACAGAGGUGCAUACUUUGGUCCAGCCUACAAAUAUCCUGUCAACAGUUACAAAUACAAUUCAACAGACAACUACAGCUACUGUUUACCCACCACAUUUCGAUCUGCCAACUAGAGAUCAGUCACCAUCGAGUACGACAACUGAGGAGAGUGCUCCAUCAUCAACUCAACCGUCGUCAACAUCGUCGACAACUCACGAUCCUCGCGAGAACGAUUCGAUUCUGAUAGUGAUGACUGAUAAGAAGCAGAGUGGAACGGUGCAAAUGCACAAUGUUCCCGAUUCGAAGCUGCCGGUGGCCGACAUUCAGGUUCCGGAUGAGGCGAACGAAGUGAGUCCCAAUGUUCUGUUGGGAGGCAUCCUGACACAUCAGUCAGCGUCGGACACGGAAUGCAGACCGGAGUGUAAGGCAUCUCGCAACGAGCUUUGCCAGCGGCUGGACGGAGUGAUGCGAUGCAUCUGCAGGCCAGGAUUCGCCAGGAUGUUCCCAGAUCGACCUUGCAAACCAACAUACACAUACAGCAUGCGACUAGCAUUGGAUAGAUACGGCAAGGACCGCAUCCACUUCACUCCAGCUCUGGAGGAUGUGGAGACGCCAAUCUAUCAACGCCUUUCAGAGGCCACUCGGGAAGGUCUGGAUAGAAUGGUGAUGCAGUCUGAACUCAGAGAUAUCUAUCAUGGAGUGGCAGUCAGUGGAUUUUCACGUGCUUCCAAAAAGCCAAACCAUCCAAUGGUCAAGUUCUACGUCCAGCUAUCUGAAAACACUGAAGAAUUAAGAUUGCAAGAUGUUUUGAAAAAAUCACUGAGGGCCAACAACUACAGCCUGGGUGGAACCGAAGUUUAUGCAGCACGAGAGCAUGUUCAGUAUCUUUUAGCUGAGGAUUUCGAUGAGUGUGCAGAUGCCAAGUUCCAUGACUGUUCGGAGGAUGCUCAAUGCUUCAACUUGAGAGGAACUUACACUUGUAGUUGCAAAGAAGGCUUCACUGAUAUGUCGCAGAAUUCCCUUUAUCCUGGCAGAAUAUGCUCUGCUGAACAAAUAGGAUGUGAGAAAUGUAACUACCAUGGCAAGUGUUACAUGAGAAGUGACGAUGAAGAUCUGUGUGAGUGCUUCCAGUGGUAUGCGGGAGAAAACUGCCAAAUUAAUUUGAAAGUUCUUUUACUGGUGCUAGUGACGAUAGGCGCAUGUCUGAUGGUGCUGCUGGUAGUGUGCUGCAUCAUGGCGUGCAUGAAGCGCCGAGGGGGCGGUGGUGGCGGAGGUAGGAGUGGAGGUGGUCCACCCAUGCUUCGUCCUGGAGUGGCGGGCUUCCGUCGCUACAGGGGUGCCAUUGCGGCCGGCGGGCGAACUAGUGCCACGGGUGACAAACGGGCCAUGAUCAGUCUCGACACAAGCAGUGAGGCAAGCAUUGACAACACGCUGCCGCCUUAUGUCAAACAGACACACAUGUCGACCGCAAAGCCGAAAGUGGUUCGCAAAGCGCACAAAGCGCCGUCGCCAAGCCACCAGAUCGGCGGAGGUGGAGGCACAUUGGACCACCAGCGAGAGCGCUCACUCACCGUGAUGAUCCCUCGCGCCAAGUAUCGCCCAGUGCCAGUGCCUCAGCCUGCCUCGGGCUCACUACUCACCAUGUCCACGUUCGGGCCCGAACAGAAACUGCUCAACUACCUCACGCCUGACGGCCCUAUCAGCGCUUCUGACAAACAAUUCUCACUGCAGGGCUCGCGGGCCAACAGCAGGAAGCCAAGCAACUCGACCAAUCAUUCGGUGCCCCCUGCACCCCCACCACCACAGCACAAGUCACAGAGUGCCACCCCUGUACCUAGGAAACCAUCAACUGGUGCCCUAGUAUCAGCAGGAUUUGAAGUGUCGGCCACAGUGGGCAGGACGAAAGAAUUGGAUGAUGCUUUUAUAGAGGAGCCUCACACCGACCUUGGUCAACAGGGAUUCAACACUAUUCGAACUGCUGAAAGCACAAUAAUUGUCGACAUCCCCCCUCCCCCAACGCUUGAGGCGGAGCUGGAGCAAGUCAUCUCGAAAGUCGACUGCCUGACGGUGUCAGAAGCUCGGUCUUACGACGAAACAACGAUUCAACCCCCGACUAAGAGUCUGCAUUCAUCACAUCAUCACCACCAUCAUCAUCAUCACACCAAUAAUAACAAUGAUGAGAGUCACACAAUGGUAGAACGAGAUCUGGGAUCUACGUUUGUUCUGCCACAAACACAUCUGUUCAAACCGGAUAGGGGGAGUGAUGCUUCGAAUUUCGACUCUUUAUAGCGAUGAUUUAAAUGAAUCGGCCAUAUAAAAUUUAAAUGUUGGUGCUCAACAAAUCCUGUUGUGAAACGAAUCUUUGAACACUACGAUAAAUUUCAGCUCAUCAGAAAAAACUACCUGUAGAAUUGUUCAAAAAUAAAAUGAGAUAUUAUUUCCAUUUACAAAGACUAAAUCUUUACAAAGACAAAUCUUCGGUUUAUGUGAAACCGAACUAUGAAUUCAACAACAAUGAGCUCUUUCAGAUAAUACGUAGUAGAAUAGUCUAAAUAAGUUAUAGAGAGAGACUUUUUAUCAGAUAGUGGGAUGUCAGAACUUCAUACCGAUUUUAACCGCUGCCAGUUAUCAUUUAUUAUUGUUGUAUACAAUCCAAUUUUAAAAAACGAAUAGAAGCAUCAAUAUUCUCAUUUUUAUUUUAAAAUUCUUAAAUAAUACUGUAGUUGUAUUAAAAGUCUCCAGCCUAGCUGGUUCAGGAGUUUCAGUUAUUGAACAGAACAGAGAUGUUAUACAAGUUACAUAAAACAGCUUCAUUUCAGUAGCUACUAUUACUAAUUGAAAUGUUUCGAAACAAUCUGGCAGGAGUGAUUUUGGAACAAGUUUUCAAGACAAAGUUUGAAUCGCUUUCUCACAAAAUCAAUUUUAUAACAUGAGCAGCUUCUAUAUGAAAAGCUAAUAAGAAUAUAAUUCAAUUAAAAUAGGUGUGCCAUUAUUCUAACAUUAAAUUUCAAAGUUGAAUUCGAAUUGCAAUAUAAAUUACAUAAUUUUUGAAACACACACGCUUGAUCAUCAAUCAACAAAACCAGCUUUGUAAGUACCGUAUAGAAAUCAACUAAAUGCAGUACCUUUUUCAAUAAUAAAAAAGUAAUAUUUCUGGAAUCUUCAAUCGAUUUACCGUCAUCACCGUUCCGAAGAAAUUGUAAUGUAAGUUUCAGUUCUGGAUGUAAAUUAAUAUCACAUCAUACUAUGAAUAAAUUAUAACAUUUAGGCUAGGUUUUGAGAUAGAUAGGAACAAGACCGUUUGUAUAGCAUCAACGAAAUUGUUCAUUAUAAUUUACAACUUGCUCAGAUCUUUUGUAAAUAUAAUUUUAAAUUGUAUUAUAGAAUCAAUAUAUUGUGUAUUU